AUGUCAAAGGACGUCAAUCAGUUUAAAUCACCAGUACCUGGACUUGAUUAUGAUUUAGAAGGACCUACUGCCGAUCAUUUAAUAGAUACUUCAGAAUGGGACACAAAAUCUGUUUAUACUCAUAUUCAUGCCUUACAGGACGAAUGGGAAGUUGUCGAUGUCAGUGAAGCAACACCUUAUUUACCGAAACGAAAGACUCCUUUACCUGUGAUAGUGGGUAUUGAUGAAAAAAAGGAAUAUGACCUAGGAACCUUUGAACAUAUCAAGCUUUCUGAACAAUUAAAGUACAAGAAGGGUUAUGUGAUUAAUACAGGUAUUAAUAUAUGGGGACUGGAUUUCGUGCCAAAGACACCCGUGAUGGAAGAAGAGGACAGCAAGAUACAAUACCUAGCUGUCACAGGCUAUCGUGGGUCCACAGAAGAACAUAUUGGUAUUGGUGAUAUUCAACCCACGGGUACCUAUAAAAACGCUAUUCAGAUCUGGAAAUUGAGUCUCUCUGUGCAUGAACAGGUAGACCCCGUACUGGAUAUGUGUUUAUUACAUGAUUUUGGUGUGAUAUUUGACCUUAAGUGGUGUCCCUAUGGUACCUAUCAAGAG